AUGUUUAUUUUAUUAAUAAUUUCAUCACUUUUUUCAAAUUCUCAUGGAACUUUUGAAAGUGAAUCAAAGCGAAUCAUUAAUUUUCUAGGCCAGUUUUUCUUUAAUUUGGCUGCCAAACUCAUCUCUAUUAAUAAUCCCUUCAAUUUAAUUUUUUCAGACGAAGCAUCGUCUUCUAAAACAAAAAGUUUAAAUCAAAAGGAAAAUAUGUUUGACAAGCACAGGGAGAAUUUUGUAAAUAAAAAAUAUUUGCCGUUAUAUAAAAACGAAAUAUGGUCUCCAACAGAAAAUGAUUUUAAAGAGUAUCCAAAACGAGAACAAGAAUUCAAAAUUGGCGAAUUUGUCAAAGUAAGGAAUGGCAGUAAAUCUACAGGCAAAACAGAAUGGUUAUCAGCAAAAAUUGUAGAAUUCGAAAAUAAACAGUACACAGUUGAAAUUCAAAAUAAGUCUCUUUAUGGCAAAUUAUUUACCCGAUAUUCAAAAGAUAUACGAAAAAUUACUGAUGACUUUCAGAUUAACGAAAUAGUUGAACUAAGGAAUUAUGAUAAAUGGGUUUUAGGAAGAAUAUUAGGGAAAGACGAGGAGGGGAUGUAUAUUGUUGGUAUUGAAAGUGGAGAAUUUUAUGGGGUAAUAGUUAGACGUUAUCCAAAUCAUUUAAAAAAGCAUGGUGAAUUGGAACAUUAUAAAAUUGAUGAAAUUGUUGAAGUAAUGAACAUUGACAAAAUAACAGGAGAAAUUAAUUGGAUUAAAGCAAAAAUAUUAGAAAUUAAGAGAGGAAAUAAUUAUAUUGUAAAGAUUGUUGAGAAGUGUAGAUUGAAUGGAAGUGAAUUUGAAAGAAAUAUUUUUAGUAUAAGGAAAUUUAAGAGUGAAAAUUUUCAAGCUGGGGAAGAAGUUGAAUUUUAUAUUUAUGAUAGAAUUAAAAAGAAGAAUGAAUGGAUAAAAGCUAAAAUAUUACAAAUUGAAGACGGAAUUUAUGUUUUGAAUACUGGAACAAAAAUAUUACGAGAAUAUUAUUCAUUUAAUUUGAGAAAGAUUCAAGUCUGA